UCUAACCCGCGCUGGGCAGCGCGGAUAUUGUUCCGUCUAUUCUUAAUAAAUUAUUAGUGGUACAUAAUAUAUUUGUAUUAUUUUUUAUAAUUAUUAAUGGUUAAAUAAUAUAUUUUAAUAAUAUAUUGAAUUAUGAUGUUAUUACAUAAUAUUGUUUGCAUGGUAUUUUUUUUUGUGUGCACAAAUUUUCAAUGUUGUACAUAGUAUUUUUUCGUAUAGUGUUUGAUGUUUCAUUUAUAAUUUAAUAUUUGAUAUAAAAAUAUGAUUGUUGAUUUAUUUUCUUAUAAAUAUAUAUUAUUUUGAAAUGUUACCUACUAAUCUAUUAAUCAUUCAAUCUCUUAAAAGUAAAAAAUCAGUUAAUUGAAAGCUAAGUUUUUAAAUAUAAAAACGAAAAAGAUAACUAAAAAUUCUUUUAAAAUUUAAAUAUCCAAACCCGACCCGAAAUAACUGAAUCUAAAUUAAAAAUACAUGAACCUGGCCCGAAGUACAUAAAUACCCGAACAGAUUAUGUACCUCUAUACCGAAAUACCAGAAAAUCCAAAAUAUCUGAUCCGAACCCGAACGGAUAUUCGAACACCCACUCCUAAUAGAUGGUAUGUUGAGUAAUAGAGAAGUUGAAAAUAAGGAUGAAAAUCUUGUUUGGAAAUAAAAUAUGAACUUUCAAAUAUAAGAGAAUCUCGUAAUAAAUAAAUAUUAUUAAGUUGUUAUCGAUAUACUUGGUGUGCAAUUCAAGUUAAUAUAGAUUUGAUCAAAUCUUUUAUGAAUAAUUUUUUUCUAAUUAUCUUGUAGAUAAAGAUUAUAUUAACGAAAUAAAUAGCUACAAAUAUUAUAUAAAGAAAUAAUACAUGUAUUUGUAAAUUAUAUUCGUGAAAUCAUGUUUUAAAAAUCAAUAUUACAAUUUUGCACUUUAAUUUUUUUAUGAAUGAAGUUUAUAUAAUGACAUAUUGUGUACACUAUGGCAGAUAUCUCUAAGUCCAACACAUAAUCAAUCAACUUAGAGGCAAAUAAUAUUUUACAAGAAAUGAGUUGGUAAAAGAGAUCAUAUCUAAUCUAUUAUAGAAGCAAAGAAUAACCAAACAUAUACAUGUUCGGUGUUUGAUAAUAUGAUGUUAAUAAGAAAGAAGUAUAAAUCAACUUAGAACAAUGUUUAAUCUAAUAUUUAAAGAGGUCGAAGGGAGAGAUAUUGAAUUGGUAAUAUAAUUGUACACUAGAUCAUUAUCCGCGCACCUGCGCGGGUUUAUCUUUUGAUUUAUAUAUUUUAUAUACAUGUUGUAUAUUAUUUAAGAUUUAUAAUAUAAAAAAGUUAGAAUGAUCCUGAACCAAAAAAAAUCGACCCGAACAAAAAAAAAUCAAAUACCUACUUAGAUCCAAAUGUUGAGAACUCGAAGAACUCAUACCUGAAAUGAACAGAUUUAUACCCGAUCCAGUAAGCUAAAUUUCAAACAUAAUAUCUUUUGUUAUAUUUUUAAUUCAUUUUUUCGGAUUGAUGAGAUUUACUAUUUAUUCGGAAGAUUUUUGGCUUACUUAAUGGUAUAUAUUUGUAGGUUUCUUUUUUUUCCUAAACAGGAAAAAAAAGAUUUGGGUCUUGAUUAAAUUUAUCUUAUAUAACAAAUUGCUACUAUAAAUAAUUUUUAUAAAAACUAAUUUGUAACAGUAAUAUUAUUUUUGUUAUAAAUUAGUAUAUCAUGGUUUAUAGCUUCAAAGUAUAGAGUUAGUCGUCUUCAUAGUAUUGCUAAUAUUGAUAGAUGCAAAUUAAUGAAUACAGAUAAUAUAUUGUAUUAUUAGUAAUAUGUCGUAUAGUAUUAUAUGUUAGUAGAUGUAUUAUUAAUAAUCUAUCUUAUAGUAUAAUAUGCUAGUGGAUGUAUCUAGCUUAUAGUAAAAUAUAUGCAAUAUAAGAAAACAUGCGGAGUGGAUAUAAUAAUAAGGUAAGAAGUAAAAAAUUAUGGUAAUAGUUGAUAUUAAUUAUUUAUAAAAAGGCAUGUCUAAUAAUAAGUAGAUUAAUAUAGCAUUAAUUAUAUAAGGUCCAACUUUAAAAUCUACCUAGAAGAAGUUGUAAUAUUUCUGUUUUAAUAAAAUAGAUGUAUACGAUCGGUCUACUUUUAAUUUUAAUAGAACAGCACUGAAAUAAUUCGUUUGGUUCUUCUUUAUUAAUGUAGAUUGUUGGUUUAAUUUAAGUUAUGUGGUUUAGAUUUUAUUUUUAGCCUGCAGAUAUGAUUAAUUUUAAGUAAGUAGAUUUGGUCCAUAAAUUAUGUAACACACUAACAAACUUGAAACAGUCCAAAAGUUAAAUGAUAACUUUAAUGGUAGAUAAAUUCAGAACUCUAUUUUAAUAGAGUAGAUGAGCCACCCGGCCCACCCCCAACAAUAUUUAUCAUAGUCAAAACCCAAAAUCAAUUGACCUCCGACGAUCAAACCGCACCGCCGUGUCGUCUUCGUCGUAUUCUCCCCCCAGUAGAUGAACAAGUUCUUCAAACUCGGAAGCUUGAUCAGAAUCACUGCUUCCCGUAUUCCUUCAAAUCAACACCUUCCCUACGCCAAAUCCCUUGCUUCUUCCGCUAUUCCCAAACCUCGUUUCUUCUCCAAUGUCACCGACGACGAAAGCGCGCUUUACCACCACGCGCGCAUGUUCAGGAAACCACUCUCCACAGGCUACAAAUUCAACCUUUCCAACUCCGUGAGCCUCAUGGGUUUCGUCGAUCAACCUAUUCGUGUCAUAGACACCGAGCCUGAUAGGUUCGGUGUUUCUACUUUGCUUAGAGUGAAAGACCCGCGCGAUCCGAACCGGAGCUUUAGGAUACCUCUUAGUAUUUGGGACGUGAUGGCACGGAAGUGCGUUGCGCAUUUGAAGCCAAAUGAUUUCGUAUUUGUCUCUGGCCGCCUUGUUUCUUACGACAAGAGCUCCGGCAAUGAAAACAGCGGCUUUGGUUUGCAUUACCAGGUUAAAGUGUCAGAGGUGAAUCACGUGAUGGCUCCACCAAGUCACGUGUUAGAUUCUGAGAUACCCCAAAAGCCAAAAUCAGAAACAGUGUCUCUUGAAGUGGUGAGAGAAGAUGGUAGUACGGAAGAGUCCAAGAAUGGUGAUAUUGACUUGUGGGAAGCCUUCUUUGCCAAUCCAGACGAUUGGUGGGACAGGAGGAGAAGUAAGAAGAACCCAAGGCUGCCGGAUUUUAAGCAUAAAGAUACGGAUGAAGCUCUCUGGCUUAGCUCAGAUACACCGGUUUGGGUUACUAGUCACCUUGAGUUGUUAGACCAGAGAAGAGGAGAUGAUACCGAAGAGCCUGAGCAUGAUGAGAUUCACUUGUGGAAAGCCUUGUUUGCGAACCCAGACGAGUGGUGGGACAAGAGGAGAAAUAAGAAGAGCCCAAAGCUGCCUGACUUCAAACAUAAAGAUACAGGUGAAGCUCUCUGGCUUAACUCAGAAACACCGGUUUGGGUUACUAGACAACUUGAAUUGUUGGACCAGAGUAAACCAGACGGUAUAGAAGAAUCCAACGAUGAUAAGAUUUACUUGUGGCAAGUCUUCUUUGCGAAUCCAAACGAGUGGUGGGACAAAAGGAAAAGUAAGACUAACCCGAGACAGCCUGACUUCACGCACAAAGACACAAGUGAAGCUCUCUGGCUCGAUUCAGAUGUACCGGUUUGGGUUACUAGACAACUUGAAUUGUACGACCAAAGUAAUUCAAACAAGAGCUGCUACGACCCCGAACAAACAGGUCGUGGCCGGCUUGGCGACUGGGUUUAGCAUGAGAUGUUUCCUCACUCUUAUUUUUAUCAAUCUUAAGAUCGUUAUAUAUAAAAGAGAGAUGAAUUUAAUUGUCUAAAAGUUCCAUAGUUCUUGCAACAUUUGCUCAAAUUUAACUCUCAAAGAAAAAAAAACUUUUGCCUAAAUUUACAAUUUAAAACGAUCAGUACCA